AUGGCUUCUGUACCAGGCUUCAGCUGCAGCAAAAAGUCUAGCACCAGGAAUGAACUAACAUUGAAGGAGAGAGUCGAUCUCAUUGAUUAUCAAAAGAAGAACCCUGCCACUAGUUCUCGAAAGCUGGCCGAAAUAUUUAAGUGUGGAAGGACUCAAGUUCUACAAGUAUUGAAGAAGAAAGAUACCAUUUUUGAACAGUUCAAAAGUAAUGCUCCUGGAGAUAGAAAGCGUAAACGUGGAACACAGUUUGAAGAAAUUAAUGAUGCUGUGUUCACUUGGUAUUCAUUAGCAAGACAACGAAACGUUCCUAUAUCUGGACCUAAGCUUCAAGAAGAGGCCAUGAAAAUAGCAGAAAAGCUCAGUUGUAGUUCUCAAUUUAAAGCAUCCAAUGGUUGGCUACAAAGUUUUAAAAAGCACCAUAAAUUAAAGCAACUAACUGUGAGUGGAGAGGCUGCAGAUGUUUCUGAAGAGACAGUUGAAAAUUGGCAUGAAAGACUAAAGUUAAUUUUAGCUGGCUAUAAAGCUGAAGACAUUUGGAAUGAAGAUGAGACUGGUUGCUUCUACAGAGCUUUACCUGAAAAGACUUUAGCUGAAAAGAAGGAAUGUCGUGGAGGAAAGAAGUCUAAAGACAGAAUUACAGUUGCUUUUUUUGCUAAUUCUGCUGGGGGGAAAGAGGCACCUAUUGUUAUAGGUAAACAUGCAAAACCAAGGUGCUUUAAAGGGCUCAACAAUAUUAAACAGCCAGCAGGUAUUCCCUACUAUUCCAAUCAGAAGGCAUGGAUGAAUACUGACAUCAUGAACAAUGUGCUAUCAACUCUUAAUCAAAAGCUAGGAAAGCAGAAGCGAAACAUUCUCCUUCUACUUGACAAUGUUUCUUCUCAUGAUCCAGCAUUGAAAAACAAGUUCUCUAACAUCAAGGUUGUUUUUCUGCCAAAAAACACCACUUCUAAACUACAGCCUUUGGAUGCUGGAAUCAUUAAAAAUUUCAAAGUUCACUAUCGUCGUCUCCUUCAGCAUACUCUAAGUAAAAUCGACACUACAGACCUCACAGCUUCAGCAAUUGCUAAAAGCAUUGACAUUUUAACAGCUAUUCUGGAAGUUAAUGAAGAGCCACAGGUCGAUCCAUUUGCUGGACUUGAGGAAGAGGAAGAACUAGAUGGAUCGCCAGCACAAGAGCCAACUUUAAAUGACCUUGUAUCUCAAUUCCAUGACAUGACAGCCGAAGAAUAUAUAUCCUUUGACAAUGAUCUUGAUACCUGCCUUACAUUUGAUGAGACUGGAGAAUGGCGAAAAGAAUUAAGAAGACUGGCUUGUGAGGCUCCGUUGGCAAAAAGAGUGGCAACUGAAGAAAGUGAUGAUGAUGAGGAUGCUAAUGCCAAUGAAGAUGACAAUCAUGAGGAGCAACAGUGUACACGUAGCACAAUAAGAGAUUUCGAUCUUGUGAUAGAAGUUUCCAAUGAUUUAGUACAAUUUUUGUCUGAAAAUGGUAUGGAGGACGUUCAUGUACAGAAUAUGUUCCAGGUUAGAUCUGCUUGGGAAGCUGCUAAGCUAAAGAUAAAGUUAAUCCAAACUGAUCUUAAACAAUACUUUAGUCCUGAACAGACACAUGAUAACCUUUGUACUAGCAUAUCACUUAGUAAAACUAUCAUUUUAAGUUUAUUUAUUUAUUUAACAAUAUUUCACAUGCAAUGUUGA